GUCACUUGAGAUCACUUGAGCUUUCGGGGUAGAAAAUCUCAUUUUGUCUCAGCUUCAUACUAAAUGCUUGGGAAAUCUUGGACAUAUCUCAACACCGAACUGGAGGCCAGAGAAGAGUGGAACAAAUUUGUUUUCGAGAUCAAGGCACUUUGGGAGAGCAACAAGUUGAAGCAAGUCCUGGAGAUCCAAGAGCAACGAUUUGGCAAGGAGGAUAGAGACACCCUCAGCACCAAGAUCGAUCUGGCGGCUGUUCUGCAGCAGCAGAAGGAUUUCACCGCAGCGCAGCAACAGCUGGAGGAAGUAUUUGAAGGUCUUGGCCGAGCUCUGUCUACCAAUCUGAAGGACGACCCAAUUAUGCACAGGGCUGUCGACCACUUUGCGAGUUUACUCGGCUGCCUUCACAACGACAAGGAGACAAAGUUGAAGGAAGUCUCGAAAAUGCACUCACAGAAGCUCGGGGAGGACAAUCCAAAGGCGAUAAACUCCAAGGCUGAGCUCGCAGUUGUUCUGCAAGACUUGGAUAAGGAGGAAGAAGCAGCUCAACUGUUGAAACAAAUUCUGAGAGAACCACAUAGACAUGACCCGGGCAUCGAUUUUAUUAAAGAUCGUGCACCUAGCUCUGGACCUGCUGCUGUGGAGGACUCAGUCAUGGAUGAAAAGCAGAAAUUCACCUUGCACUUCGUCAUGAAAGAGCGAGCACACGCCAACACCCAAGACACCAGCGACAUUAAAUAUGAAGGGAAGAUUCGAUCUGGAGCCUCUGCUUGCUGGAUCUCCUUUCCAGGCAAAUUUGCCGCGGGAUGGGAUGCUUUGGUGGCUGAGUUGCAUGGUGAUAGCGUGGCCUGCGUCUUCUUGAGCACGCCAGAAUCUGGCUUAGGCAGACACCAUACGUUCGAAGAUGGAAGUUGCUACUGCAAGGAUAUUUACGGGGAGAGGGACUUUCAGACUUUCGGUUACUUGGUGAAGAUGAAAGAACUUGACAACGACAAGUUGAAACGCGAACAAGAAAAGGCGAAGCUGACGAAUGCUGUCAUUGUUCCUGCAAAUGCCACACCUAAGAUGGAGGAGACGUAUAGACAAGAGGCGAAGAGGAACUGGGAGAUGAAUGGCAAGAGAGCAGCGUGGGGAUGUCAAUGGUUUCAUGUUUGGAAGGAGAAGGUGCACGAAGCUGUUGAGAAGAAGCAGACUCUCAGAGUUGUGUUUUUUCCUGGCCAAAAGGGCCAAGGAAAAUUAAUGCUUCGAGAGCUCAAGUACAGAGACUUAUGGGAUGGCGUUGGCUGCGGCGGAAGCCAGAAAUGUGAGAUCGCUUAUGUAGAACAAAUGCGGGCUGAGCAUGGCUCGGCGUGGGACUAUGAGGAGAUUGACGUAACCAGGUUUUUGGAGAAAGAGUUCCCGGUGCAUUCCACGGUUGAUGCCAAGCAUGGCAACAGGUGGAGAACAGGCGUGCUGUUGAUGACUGUCCCAAGUUUUGACCAUGAUGUAGUGACAAGGUCGGCAGAAUUAAAGUGGAUUGUUCAGUGCAAAGAGACACAACAAAUCUUUGUGUCGAGGCACAUUCGUCACGCAACAGAAGCAAUUCACAAUUUGCUCGACACCGGUCGCCAUGAUUUUUUGAAAAAGGCCUUGCAGAGUGCCAUUCCCCAGGGGAUUCAGGCAGAAUUGCCCUAUCAAACAAGACUGCCACAUGGUACCCCAUCGAUAGCUUUCAAUGUGAAGACCGACAAGAUUGAGAUCGCUCAAAUGCUGCGGGAUCAAGUUCUCAGUGGUGAGUUGAAUUUGAACAUGAAGCAAGCUUUGGCACAGGAUCCUCAUGCUAGAUCAGAGAUUCACGUGGACCAGUCAGAGUUUCUGGACAGCUAUGAUAGGAGUCUGCAGAGGCUGUCAAAGCUUACUCAGCAUCAGGAAGAGAAACUGAAGGAGCUGAAGCAACUCGACAAUCAAAACCUGCCUCAGAUUGCUGAGGUUGUCUCUGCAGUGUCACAGUGGUGCCAGCAGUUUCAAUUCACAGGUCGUAGAAACAGUCCAGAGACACCGGAACAGAAACUGCUGCAAGGUUUGCAGAUUUUGUUGAAAGAUACUUUGCAGGCCUCUAGCUCCGGAGCCUCAAACAAAAAAGGCAAGGGUAAGGGCUCCGGCAAAAGUAGUGGUAAAAGCCUACCUUCCAAACAGAGAGAUGCGAACCAUGAUGGCAGCUAUGGGCUGAUUCAAGCCUUGCAAAAGCUAACUGCCCGAGCCGCAAAGAAACCACAAGGGUUGCUCCAAAGGUUGAAAACAUUGGUUCAAGUUACUGAACGUGGUAUGUUGCGACCAAACAAGAGGAAGAAAGAUCUGCCGCCGCAUGAGGCGGUCCCGCCAGUGAAACCAAGCACACAAUUCAAAAGUUCAGAGAAUUUGGUAGAUGUUGCUCCUAAGCCAAAAACACGAUGGCAACGCGACAGAUCCUGGAAAGCCCGUGCCCAGGACUGGGGCGUCAAAACUGUUUUGCGUGGCCCCACAGCUCUGUGCAACGCUCUUGACAGUGGGGACACCGGUGCUCUCCUGUGUCAAGUACAAAAUCUGGAUGAUUGGAAUGAAGCCCUCCAAAUUUCUCAUGCUGCUGGUCGCACCAAUGUCACGGUUGUUCUUGAAGCUGCACCUAACAUGUCUCCAGAACUUGGCAAAUUGAGAUAUCAUGGUUGGACAGCCUUGAACACACGUGCAGCUGGUUAUGCCGAUGAUAAAUUGGUCCAGCGCUUGGUUUGGAUUGCGCGGUGCUCGCCAAAUGCACCCACAUUGGUUCCAGGAUCCGUGCUGACAGGCGCCAGGCGGCCUGUUGUCCAGAAACACGGCCAUGAAGAGUCUUUUGUUUUUCGAAUUAGUUGUGACAUGCGAUUUAUUGCCAGUGACAAUCGCCAUCAUAUCACACAGGGACCUGGGAAUUUUUUUCGUUUGUGGCUGUCUGAUUUAGGCCCAAACGCUAGGGAUCUUCUGCUUCACCUUGGUGACACGUGGGGAUUCCAAAAACUCGAGGCUGAAAACCUGGUUCGAGGAUUUGCUCGCGUCAAAGGCAAAGACAGGGCCCUGCAGUUGAUUAAAGCGAGCGGCUCAGAACACAAAGGUCAGGUUUGGUUUCUUGAUCCUGCCAGAUGGGAUGGCCUCGCAGAAACACCUCCACGCAUGCUUUGGGUGGACAAACUGGAAAAUGAACAACAAAUUGCAUUUGCUCGUCGCGUAGCUCAUGAUUCGGGUCCUUUUGGCAUGGCUAGGGGUCGUGUACAGCUGGCUCUCAGGGUCAAACCAGACGAUGAGCGGCUCAAACCCACUUCUAGUGUUUGGCGGGUUGAGACAGUGCCGUUUGGUUGGGAUUUUGAAAAUGUGGAAGAAACUCUGGUUGAAGCAGGUUUCUCUGAAAUUGAUAUUUUAGCAAAGCAACGCCGUCGUGGUGGCACUGCUUGGGUUUUCAAAGGCAUGAGAAAUGAUGACCGUGAUCAAAUGCAAAUCCAUUAUGAUGCGGACGAGACGUGCAAUGAGCCACCAUUAGAUCUGUUUUUAGUUAAGCAGUCCAAACGACGUGCGCCAGGAAAUGUCCAGCCGUUGAAAGCAGAAAAUGAUGUGCUCUUUUCACUAGAUGCAUUUCACAAAAAAGGUAAGGGUAAAGGCAAAGGAAAAGGCAAGCACAAAUCCAAGCUUGAAGUGCCUGACUUUGCAACCACGCUUGCCUUACCGAAAAGUAGUCCACCUCCAUUACCCUCCAAGGAUGAUCGCGGUAACGAAGCUAUGGAUGUCAGUCUGAUUAGCGUCCCAGAUGCAAGUGAUGUUGAGGAUGAGCCCAUGCAUGUCCAGGGCACCAAACGCAAAGACCAGGCCAUGUUGACCAGCCCGCAAAAAACUGGUCAUGACAAAAAGAGGAUGAAAGUGCCCGAGAGGCUUCAAAAAGUUCCGAACCCUGGGGAAGGGAAUUGCUUGUUUUACUGUCUAGCUCAGGCGGAGUCUACCCCAGGUAAGUCCCGCAGCCACAGGCAGGUGCGUGCAUUUGUUGUUGCCUACAUGACCAAACACUUCAAGAAAUACGAGGAUUUCUGGGACGGUUUAAGCCCGAGCAACAUUCCCAUGGAGGGUGGGUUUGACGAUUAUUUACAAGCCCUUGAAAAAGAUAAAGCUUGGGCGGGAUAUUGUGAAAUCGAAGCAUAUGGCGAAGCCAUGCGCCGACCUGUACUUGUUGUGCAUGCCAAGGACAAUGUUGUCCAUGCUUUUAAUAGUCAUGGCGAUAAGGAUGUUGUCUGUCUCUGGUACAAGGAUGAACAUUAUGAGCUUAUUGUUCCUUCAGACGCAGAUAUUCAGGCCCUGUGGCAGAAUGCUGAAGACGGUGGCACCAAGGGUUACCGCGGGGCCGCAAAGAAGGCACGCUUGGCUGCCGACAAUGCCUCUAUUUGCCUUUCACAAUUUGCAACUCCCAAAUCCAGCAGGCCAAGCCCAAAGUUGACCGAUUUUGCCCGGAGCACCCCUGCCAAACGGAGUGCAUGUCUGACUGAUUUUGCAUCAACGGCCAAACCGAGCCGUCAAAAGACCGAGCAAUCAGAAGCCGAGCCAUGUGGUUCCAACCCAUCUGCCGCAUCAGCUUCUGCGUCUGUUGCCACUGGGCGCGACCGGGAAAUCACGUGGACAUGUCACAUUUGCAACGUCUCUUUCACUGACAAAGCAUGCAUCGUUUCAAAAAGACGUACGGAUCACAUUAGGCGUACGCAUCGUGGUACCCCAACCACCAAUUUUAAAAAGGCUGUUGAUCAGUACAGGGCUCCGGUUACUGCCGUAUCGUAUGGGCCCACUCAUGCUGCUGUUUCUUGGACUUGUGGUUUUUGCAUGGGCACCCUCCCCAUUUUGCCUAAGACACAUCAGAAAGCAUCAAUCGUUGCUCAUUUGCGCUCCUGCGCCAAGGCCCCAAAAGGGGCCACCAGAGGCGACUCCAUUCUUCGCCUUUGCAAGAGAGCAAGCGUGUCAUCUGAUGUACCUCACAGAAGCAUUUUGCCUUGGAAGCUGAAGCAUCGCCAGAUGUAUGUGCAACUCAACAAGUUUGCCAAGGAGCAAGGACACUCCCUAUCCCAAGUGCAGAGACGUACUACUGGAACGAAAAAAUUGGCUGGUGGGUCGAAAAAAGUUAUUUUCUUCAUGGCUCAGCAUGCUUGUUCCAUUUGUGCUGGUUACUGGAAAACUGAGAAGUCCGUGAGAGCUGCAGGUCCUUGUGGCGGGCGGACUGCUCGUGCCGAGUGGUUAGCCAUGCCUGGUCGCCAAAAAUGCUGGCGUCAGGCUCCCAAAGAGCGCCAAGAGGCGCUGCACAAGGCUUGGCGUUUGAGUGCUACUGAGCGUAGGAAGCUUGAUGAUGCUUGGGCUAGCGCCAAGAAAAAGUCGCGCAAGAAGUGGCAGAUACCUGCACUUUGGGUAGGUGAUUGGAACGAAACUCCUGAUGACAACGCCGCAUCCAUUUUCUUGAAUGGCAGUGUUCUGGCUGUCACGGAUCCUGAUCAAUGGGAUCCCGACCAAGAUUGGGAAUAUUUUCACCAGUUUGCUGAAAAGAGCAUGCGUGAAGCAUUGCACUUGUGUGGCCAGCCCGUGCCUAGGCCGCUCUCAGAGCCUCGGGGUCUGCAGCCGGAUGUGACGGUUGGUUUGGCCAUUGAAAACAUGCAACUGCAAGGGUUGCCAGAUGAGUGGGCUAACAUUUUGAUGUUUGUAUGGGGUCAUCAAGUGCGAUGGCUGUGCUUGGGGAAAGCUGUGCACCCAACGCCGGAGCAUGUCCAGACCUCCAUGCCGCAAGGUGAUGCCUUUGCACCUCUGGCUCUUAUCAUGUUGCUCAUUAGGAUGCCACGACCUGGAGGCUGGCAGAGUUUCAUUUGCGCACGCAUGCGAGAGCUGAACUGGGAAUUUCGCGGUCCAUGGAUGUUUGCACAUGAGGAUUUGGGUCAUGUCGAUUUAUCCAAUCCAGAUGAAGCUGUUGUGAAACUCACCGAGCACAAGGUGAGAGAAAGUUGGCGCCGAGUGCAAUUUGCCCUUUGGAAAAAGCAGUCCCUGAAGAUGAAUUGCAAAAUCGUCUUGCUUGGCCCACACGUGGGUGUGAUGCAUAUGAUAGAGCGGUUCUUCACCACAUGGUGGCAAGCUGCAGAAACAGUGGAAUCAACCCGUGACGCAAUGAAAACCCUGAUGCGAAGGGUCAUCAUGCUUCAGAAGCCCUAUGAAGAGUUUGUUUUCUUGAGCACUCAAGGCAAUCAGAUCGUGCAGACUUCGACCAAGCCAGUGUCAUUGAAUGAGAAGUUCUUCUUGGCAGUAUUUGAUGAAAGUCAUGAAGUUUUUAGCCACUGCAGGAACAUUUCAGAGCAUGUCAGCUCAGAAAGCACACUUUUGCUCUCAGACACUUCUCAGUGUUCUGAUAUGAAUGUGAACAUCAAUUACCCAAACAUCAAGUGUGUAGCUUUGACGGAGGUUGUAAGGAGCACCAAACGAAUAGUUAGAGGAGCAGCCGCAUUUCAGAUCUUGAGUGAAGAGCAACAAGCGACAAGUCUUGGCACAGAUGGCCCACCUCUAAAAAGUUUUCUUUUUCAGAGUGCAGAUGAAAUUACGGCUAGUGGGUACAAGAAGGAAUACUCCGCAUUCGUCGUGAAGGCCUUCUCACAUGGUCAAGGCGCCAAAGUGGACUUGGUGACUCGGGCCAAGCUGUAUGUCGGGAUUUCCAGAGCUCAAUUCAUGGUGAUGGUCGUCAACUGCCAUGUGCCUGGUGGGUGGUUGGAAUUUUUGGCCAAGCUGGAAUUCAAGGAAAGCAAAUUCCAAGAAGCAUCUGGACGUGCGGAGAUUCGAACGAAUGCAGCUGUGGAAACUCUGAAGGUGUCUCGUCGGACAAGCGCAUUUGUGAUGCCAAGCCCUUCGCAUGUGACAGUUCGCGAAAGCGGACAUGGUGCCGAUGAACCAAAGCACGAGAAGGACACCAAACCAGAGCAGGGGCAGGACCUGCCUGAACAGACGGAGCUCAAGGUACUCAAGAGCUCUGUGUGGGAUACGAUCAUUGACAGCAAGAUCGCAAACCAGAUUCACCAUCUCCGAUUUGACCCCCGUGCCGAGGCAACAACCCCAGCAGAAGCUGAUGCAAAGGAAGAUCCGGAAGAUUUGGAAGAUCCAGAACAAGUCGAAGCCGACGAAGCGGCAGCGGCGAAAUAUCGAGACAUCGCCCGAGCGGCGCAGUACGGCAACCUGGCGGCGGUGCGGGGCCACCUGCGCCGCGACCGGCGCUGCCUCGGCCGACUCUUCGAGGUCGAGGGGACGGACGUCCGCCGGGCCGCGCUGCACGUGGCAGCAUUCCGCGACCACCCGGCGGUCGUCGCCUUUCUCCUGGCGAAGGGCGCGGCCGUGGACGUCCGGGACAGCCACGGUUCCACUCCGCUGCAUCUCGCAGCACUCUGCGGCAGCGUGGAGAGCGGCAAGCUGCUGCUGGCCGCGAAGGCCUCAGUGGACGUCAAGAACCAUAUAGGCAAUACGCCCUUGGAUAUCGCAAGAGCGUGGUGCAAGACAGGAAUGGUGGACCUGCUGAUGGGAAAAGCAUGA